UCACUGGAUCGGGUAAUGGAAAUGAAAAGUUACCAGAAAAUCAACCACUUCCCUGGGAUGAGUGAAAUCUGUAGGAAGGAUCUGCUGGCCAGGAACAUGAGCAGGAUGCUAAAGCUCUUUCCAAAAGAAUUUAACUUCUUUCCCAGGACCUGGUGUCUUCCUGCUGACUACGGAGAUUUGCAGACCUAUAGCAGAUCAAGGAAACAUAAGACAUAUAUCUGUAAGCCCGACUCUGGCUGUCAGGGGAGAGGCAUCUUCAUCACCAGAUCUGUGAAAGACAUAAAACCCGGAGAGGAUAUGAUCUGCCAGCUCUACAUCUCAAGGCCUUUUAUUAUUGAUCGUUUUAAGUUUGAUCUGAGGAUUUAUGUGCUGGUGACAUCAUGUGACCCUCUGAGGAUAUUUGUCUAUAAUGAGGGCCUUGCACGCUUUGCUACAUCAGCCUACUCUGAUCCCUCACACAGCAAUCUGGAUGAUGUCUGCAUGCACCUGACUAAUUAUUCCAUUAACAAGCACAGUACUAAUUUUGUCCGAGAUGAAGAUUCUGGAAGUAAGAGGAAGCUCUCCACCUUUAAUAAGUACAUGCAGAAACAUGGCUAUGAUACCGACCAGAUGUGGCUGGAUAUAGAAGAUGUUAUUAUUAAAACCCUGAUCUCAGCACAUCCUAUUAUCAAACAUAACUAUCACACUUGCUUCCCCAACCACACUGUGGGUAGCGCUUGCUUUGAAAUAUUAGGAUUUGAUAUUCUGUUGGAUCACAAACUCAAACCCUGGUUGCUUGAGGUGAAUCACUCUCCAAGCUUCACCACUGACUCCUGGUUAGACAAAGAAGUGAAGGACCAGUUGCUGUAUGACACUUUGGUUCUGAUAAAUUUAGGGGCCUGUGACAAGAGAAAAAUCCUAGAAGAAGAGAAACGGCGAGGGAAGGAGAGACUCCUGAAGCAAUGCCGUUCUCGAGUGACCAGGGCUGAGGAGUAUAGGAACUGCCAGGCCACUUGGUUGAAACAAGCUGAGAAAUAUGAGGAGAAAAACAUAGGUGAUUUUCGCAGAAUUUACCCCAAAUCUGAUUUGGACAAAUAUGAUAAGUUUUUCCAGCACAACAAUUCACUCUUUCAGGAGACUGCAGCUUCCAGGGCACGAGAAGAACAUGCUAGACAGCAGCUACAGGAGCUGCGAAUGAAGCAUGAGCAAAAAACAGCCCAUUUGCGAGAGAAGAAGAUAGAGCUGCUGGGGGAGUCUGGAUCUGAGAAGAUAAAGACUUUCAAACAGAAGUUAGUGAGCAGGGCAGCUACAGCACAAGGAUUAAGACAGCAUUAUCUUUGUUCAGAGUCAGGACCUCGUGCUUGUCUCCUGCUUCACAGUUUCUCAGGUGAAAAAGAAACAAAAAAAGAAUUGGUUAAUGGGGAAUCAAGCAUCCCACCAAAAGAGCACCCCAACACUCACGAGUAUUCAAAUGCACCUGAAAAACAAGCGGUACAGCACUGCAGCUCCAUGCCAGACUUGACAGUGCAGAACUCAACUAGUGCCCCGGACCAGUACAACUCCAACCGUGACCUGAGGGACCGCACAGUACAUGGUCAUCACUCUGCAGCAGAUAUGGACAUCAGAUUAAUACUCCAAACACCAGUGGAUUGUUCCAUAGUAUCAGAUAAUCCAAUUCAUUCUUCUUCAAAACCUUUCUCAACAUUGGCUCAACCUCGGACUGCAAUCACAACAGCAACUGACGUGGUUUACUGUGACAGCACAGUCACUCAGAACUUGGUGCCAUUUGGAUGCCAGAGAGAGCAACUCCAGCCCUAUGUCAGGGAGAACUUGACCUCAUACUCAAAAGUCCAUAGACCAUACAAAAACUUGUUAGAGCCUGAAAUAGAAAAGAAACCUAUCUUGGUGUCAGAAUUCUUCAGCAAACUCAGUUUCACACCAGGGGAGAAGGCCCUAAUAUUCCCUUUUUGCCACCACCCUCCUCUCAUCUAUAGAACACAAAGUGCUUUCCACUCCAGGAGAAUCCAUCUGAGUAGCAGAAACUCCACAGACAAGAGACAAGCGAAACUUCAGAGUGCUCAAACAGUAUUCCAAAAAACUACUUGUCACCAGUUCAGCCUUCAGGACCUUUUGGUGAUCUCCAGCCCAGGUCGAGUGGACCCGCGACCUAGGAAAAGCAAUACCCUAACUUCAGGGGAUAUUCCGACGGAUAUACUCCUUGGUGAUUGCCUCCAGUGA